AUAUGUUCCACAAAAUGAGAGUAUACAAAUUGUGAAUAAGGAAGAGAAGGGGAAGGUGGUGGAGGAGUGUGUCUUCCAAACUGUGUUCUUCCUGAGAGUCAGAUUCUGAUUUUUAAGCUCUGGGUAGAGCCUGACAGUGUGCCUUUUUAAACUGGCUCGGGGUGCUGCAGCUGCUCGUGGUACAGGGCUUACACUAAGCAUAGCCAAGAUUUGUAAAAACAAAAACAAAAAACGAAUUGUAUUAGGAAUGAAGAACAGAGAAAUGAGAAGAGAGAGAGAGAGAGAGAGAGAGAGAGAGAGAGAGAGAGAAAGAGAGAGAGAGAGGAUGUGAAGAUAAAGGGAAGGAAAUGGAGGGAGGUAAAGAAAAGAGAAAAGAUAGGUUUACUUAGUGUUAGACAAUAGUGCAAUAGGAAGGGAAAGGGAAGCCGGGCGGUGGUGGUGCACGCCUUUAAUCCCAGCACUCGGGAGGCAGAGGCAGGCGGAUUUCUGAGUCAGGACAGCCAGGACUACACAGAGAAACCCUGUCUCGGAAAAAAAAAAAAAAAAAAAAAAAAAAGAGAGAAAGGGAUGGAGUGCAAAAAAUUAAUUCUUUAAAUGAGUAGAAACAAAGAAAACGAAAAGGCUGAAGUGAGGCAGCAUCUUAAAGCUAUCUCUCUUGAGCAUAUGAGGACGAAGUUUAUCGCUCCUUAAGAACCCAAAUUCAAUAGUCAUAUAGUCUAGGUUCUAGCGCACGCUGGCGCUAGGCAAUGGGCGGGGCCCCGGAUGUAGCUCAGGGGGCGGUGCUUGCGUUCGGGGGGGCGGGGCCACCCCAGGUCUGCGGACCGGGCCUUGCGUCCUCCUCCGUCUCAGGGGGCGGAGCCUGGUCUCUAAAUUGGCGCCUCUGAGUGGCUAAGCGGCAGCUCGGAUUGGCGGCUUUUGAACCCGGAAGCACUAGCGGGCGCUCGGAAGCGGCAGGAGCGCGGGCCUUGGCUCGCUCGCUGCGGCUGCGGGAUGGUUGGCGGUGGCGGGAAGCGCCGGACGGCCGGGGCGGGACCGCAGUGUGAAAAGACAGUUGAGGUGAAGAAGAGUAAGUUUUCUGAGGCUGAUGUCUCCAGUGACCUUCGAAAAGAAGUGGAAAAUCUUUAUAAGCUUUCACUGCCUGAAGAUUUCUAUCAUUUCUGGAAGUUCUGUGAAGAGCUUGAUCCUGAAAAGCCAGCUGAUGCGCUUGCCACAAGCCUGGGUCUUCGGUUAGUGGGUCCUUAUGAUAUCCUUGCUGGGAAACAUAAAAUGAAGAAAAAACCCACAGGCUUGAACUGUAAUCUUCACUGGAGGUUUUACUAUGACCCUCCUGAGUUCCAGACCAUUAUUAUUGGAGAUAAUAAAACUCAGUACCACAUGGGGUAUUUCAGGGAUUCUCCUGAUGAACUUCCUGUAUACGUGGGUACAAAUGAAGCAAAGAAAAAUUGUAUAAUUAUUCAAAAUGGAGACAAUGUGUUUGCUGCCAUCAAAUUAUUUUUAAUGAAAAAACUCAAAGAAGUAACAGAUAGAAAGAAAAUUAGCAUUUUGAAAAACAUAGAUGAAAAACUCACAGAAGCAGCCAGAAAACUAGGAUACUCACUGGAACAGAGAACCGUGAAGAUGAGACAGAGAGAUAAGAAGGUUGUGACAAAGACUUUUCAUGGUGCAGGCUUGGUUGUUCCAGUAGAUAAAAAUGAUGUUGGUUACCGAGAGCUCCCUGAAACAGAUGCUGACCUUAAGAGAAUCUGCAAGGCAGUUGUCGACGCUGCAAGCGACGAGGAGAGACUGAAAGCAUUCGCUCCCAUUCAGGAGAUGAUGACUUUUGUGCAGUUUGCUAAUGAUGAGUGUGAUUAUGGCAUGGGGCUGGAAUUAGGAAUGGACCUCUUUUGCUAUGGCUCUCAUGUGAGUAAAGCUCCUCCUUCUGCAGUACUGAAUACACAAACUCACGGUUACUUAUCUUCUCAACUCCAGCUGCCGAGGGGGGGAUCCAGCUCCUAUUUCCAAACCUUUGGAAGUGAUUUGAAAGUAAAAGUUCUAAAACGAUUUGAAAUCUUAUAUUGAGGCAAAGGUGAAUAAGCAGAAUUACUUCCUCAAUGUCAUAUUGAACUCAGCUUGUGUAUCGGUAUCUCGGGGGCGCCAUCUUUGCGGGGUCUGGAUAGGCUUGUGGAUAUGGAUGUGGAAAUGUAUAUGCCCCUUUCUUUUGUUUUUUUUUGGGGUGGGUGUCAUCUACUACCACGUCUUAAAUACUGUUUUCAAGUAUUUUAAUUAAAAUAUUGGAGCUAGUAGUCUAUCAUUGACCCUUUCCCACCUGUAAAAUUGCCUUCUCAUGGGCACAUGCAUGCUCCUCACUGUACCUUUGGUAAGCCACUGCUAGGGCACCAUCUCCAGGCUCCCAAUGGCAGCCCCAUUCCAGUGUCUAAGUAAAGGAUUCACAAACUGCAGAUGCUUGGGAGCCACCGUAGUUAGUAUUAAUGCAAACUAUAUGAGUAGGUCAGAGGUGUGGCCCUGCUGUCAUUAACAUUGCCAUGUGGCAAGAAUGCCACCACUUUAUAGACUAUCCUGAGGAGCAAGACUAAGCCAGCAUGCAUCAGUCAUCCAGACGAGACGGCUUUGAUCACAGGUUAGUGUUUCCUUGUCCCCCACUUUGAAUUACAGGGUGGUUCCUGACAAACUGAUCCGACUGGUCAAGAACCCUGACUGAGACCCCUGUUUAAAGCAUCAUAUGGCCCCUUUCUUCCUGGCUUCUAGUUAUCAGUAAAAAGUGUCCAAAGUGUUACACAAGCAGAAUGAUAUAGUUGUCACAAAGGACCUAACCAUAAAUGCCAUUGAUGAAGUAGGUAUUAAAAAAAAAAAAUUACAUGAGAAAUGAAAAGAUGUGGUACACUGAAUACGUGCUUAAAUAAAUGCUAGUUCUCACAAAAGAAUGUUACCGGGUUUCCUGCUAGGGUGUAUGUAAAAGCAAUGCUGUGAAACCAUUCAGUAAACCUGAGCCUGAACUCUAAGCAGGAAAGAAAUGCUUACAUGGUAGAGAAUGAGCUGAGACUAAAGGGGAGGAGCUGGAGAGAUGGCUCCGUGGGGUAGAACACCCAGAGGGACCCAGUUCUAUUAUAAGCAUCCACAGGCACUCACAAGUCAAAUAUGUGGUGCACAUUUAGGUAAAAGACAUAUGUAAAAUUGUUUAAAAAAUGAUGAAGAGAUUUGUAACCUCAUAUUUGUCAUACCUAUUACAAGGUCUAUUAAAAAGUCUUAACUAAUACAAAUAGUUAAGAAGAAAGCAUUUAAUGGAACUUUGGGACAAAAAUGUUGAUAAAAUUAAUGGACCAUGAGAAACUUCAAUUUGUAAUGCCUCUGAGCUCCUUUCAGGACUUGGUGAACAGUUGUCUUUAGGGCAGAAGAGCAGGGACAUGGCCCAUGUUUAGGGCCAACUGGGUGGACUUUGUUGCACAGGUGUGUUCCCAUGUAUUUUUCAGCUGUACCUGCCAUUUUCUCACCCUGAUGUUAUGUUCUUUGCUUUUUAGUAUUUUCACAAAGUUGCUGGUCAGCUUUUACCUCUUGCGUAUAAUCUAUUGAAGAGGGAUCUGUUUGCAAAAAUUAUUGAAGAUCAUCUGGCAAGCAGAAGUGAAGAGAACAUAGACCAGCUUGCAGGAUGAACAAGCUGCCCUGUUAGUGCAGUGCUUUGAAGUGGGACCAGCAGACGGGGCUUUGUUUUUAAGGAAUGGAGAAAUAAAUAAUGGGAAUUUUAUUAAAAACUUUA